AUGUUCUCCUUCCUGCGGCUGAGCGGCGCGGACCCGCACCUGGGCGUGGAGAUGCAGAGCACGGGCGAGGUGGCCUGCUUCGGGCACAACGCCCACGAGGCCUUCCUGAAGUCUUUGAUCGCCAGCGGCGUGCAGAUCUCCAAGAUCUUCGAGCCCUGCGGCGUGCUGCUGGCGCUGAACCCCAAGGACAAGGCCGCCGUGGCGAAGUACCUGCCGCUCUUGGACGAGAUGGGCUUCAAGAUCUUCGCCACCCAUGGCACUGCCUCCUUCUUGGAGGCCAGCAAGACCCAGCGCAACGCCAACAACAGCGCCAUUUGCGUCACGCCUCUGGCCAAAAGCGCCGAGGGCGCCGUGUCCGCCAUCACGGAGAAGACCGUGCAGUUGGUGAUUUGCACGCCUUCCUCGCGGGAUUCGGCCGGCCAGACGCCUGGCUAUAAGAUCCGCCGGAAAGCCCUGGAGACGGGCGUGCCUGAUCGUGAACAUGCAGCAGGCCCUGAUGCUCAUCGAUGUCCUCUACGAGAAGUUCACCCUUGA